GUCCUUUUUACCAUUGUCACUGCUAACACGUAUAAGAAACACCCAGAAAAUGAUCGAAUCGAAUCACAAAAUCAAUCUUCCAUCGCCAUUUCUUCUGUUUCGUUCUUGAUUUGGGUUUUGAUGCUCUGCCCAUGGCCGAAGAAACUCGGAGAAUUUUGAAACUCAGUGCUUGGGCGAGAGCUGAAUUGGGUUUUAAAUGAUUAUUCAUUGUUAAUCUGUCUGUCUUUGUUCAAUGUCUAGGUUAAGUUUUGUUUCUAGAAGUCAAAAAAGAUUAUAGAAAAAUAUAAAUGUCCAAGUGAUGUUGUGUUCUGUUCAGUUAUCUGCUCAUAAUAUCAAGUAUCAAUUCUGGGUUUUUCAAUUUUUUUUGUUUUGUGUUCUUCAAUUUUUAUGUAGCUUUCGGCUUAAUGUAUUGGGCUUUUUGACCCAGUGGUGGUACAGUUAACAAUGAUUUAAUCUUUCUGUUAUUUUUCUUUGUUUGUAUGACUUCAAUUCCUGGUUUUCUGCUUGAGAGCUAGGUAAACUGCGCAUUGCUGCCAAUAAAAUAGUGCACACAAGACCCAUAUUGUUAAAAUUAAUUGUUACCAUAAUAAUAAGAUAAAUGGGUAGCCCUGGAUUGAACAAUUGGAAUAAGGUGCAACGGUUAGGCAUUACAGAACCAAUCUCUUGGAGUGGACCCGCGGAAUUUGAUGUAAUCAAGGCCCGCGAGCUUGAAAAGUAUUUGGCAGUUGUGGGAUUGUAUGAGAACCAAGAGGAAGCAGUUAGUAGGGAGGCAGUGCUUGGGAGAUUAGACCAGAUUGUGAAGAUUUGGGUUAAAAGCUUAAGUC